UUUCUUGUACAGGGGGAACAGAGGGGUACUCGAUACAUGUGGGAAUACUUUGACGCAGUCUCUUUAAGACAGGAGUUUAAGACAGCUCUUUUGUACAUGUACUGAAGUUCCUUUUUUUAAAAGUUAAAAAGGGAAAAGUACAAAAUACAAUGAACACAGUCAUCUCAUCUCAUCUCUGAUUGUAACAACACCAAUGCAUCUCUUCAAUUAUCUUCCAGGUGGGGGCAACAGUAAGCCAGUUUUCUUUGAUAAACGGCUGCAUCCCCUCUGCAUUAGCAAGCACGGAAACAAGGGUAUGCUGAUAAAUGAUAAAAGUGGGGAAAUGGUGUGUGACCCUUUCCUACCCCUUGACUUUUCCUAAUUUCCCAAGAUGCCAGGCCAUUCUAUAUCUGUUAGACACAUGUAUCUUACCCUCCAGUUGGCAAGAAGAUAGCUGACAGAUCUUACUUCUUAAUUCUCCCGCCUUCUUUGCGCUCUCCAUCAUACAUCCCCCCAUCACUCUAUACAUGUACAGAAUGCAUUUAUCUCAAACUCAUUAAUUGUCCAGAUAUCAUUCCCUCUAUUAUCCUCCCUUCCUUUAUGUAGUGAAAAAUAAAUAAUAAAUAAUACUAGCACUUAUAUAGCACUUGACAUUUUCAAAGUGCUUUACAAACAUUAACUAAUUAGUCAUCACAACUCCCUUUGAACUAGGUAAAUAAGAAUUAUUAUUCCCAUUUUACAGAGGAGAAAACCACGAUACAGAGAGACUAAAUCACUUUCCCAAGGCCACCUAGCAGAUCAGUGGCAAGGCCAGGAUUAGAAUUCAAAAGUGCCUGGCUCCAGUCUGUGUUCUAUCCACUAGACAACACUGCCACUCAAAAUUAUGGCCCUGCAUCCUUAUCCACUAACAAGAUCCUACUCUCCAAAGAAGGAUUUGCACUUCAGGAUUGAGUACCGAAAUAACUAACCCAUCUCCUCCAAUUCUCCCACCCAUGGUCUUUCCCCUUAGGCUGGGAACAUAAGGGAGAGGGCGGUAAGGAGUUUGCAUGUGUGGGUGAGAAGCAGGUAACAGUUCAAGUGAAUUUUGAAAAAUGGUUUCACCUCUCUCCAUGACAAGGUCUUUCCUUGCAUCCACAGACUAGGAUCAAGGACUGUGUGCAUGACUUUUGUGGAGGAAGUAGCAGGACAACUGCAUUGAGGUACAAUGGUCCCACUUCCUCAAGACCCCUGCCUUGCUCCCUCAAAUCUGAAGCACAGAUAAGUGCCCGUGUAUAGGAAAGAAGGCAAGUGCACUGAGGUGCAAUGGUCCAACUUCCUCCAAGCCUCUUGCAGGGUCCCUCCUCAAGUGUGGAGCACAGACAAGUUUAAGGUGCGUCCUCCGCGUGCAGAGAAGAGGCCAAGUGCACGGCGGGCCAGCAGGUCCCCCCGCCCUGGGUGGCUCCUUGUAUUCCCCCGUGGAGGCAGAGAGGCGAUAAGGAGUGCAGGGUGUGUGGAAGGGAAGAGACCACGUCAAAUGCACCGAGGCUCUGUGGUAUCCGUUCCUCUAACACCUGCCCUCCCUUUAUCCCCCGAGACAAGAGGGGACCAGGCCUGGCGAGCGCGUGGGUGGAAACGCCCGGGCCCAGUACCCCGCAGGGCCCCCGCUUUCCCGCACCCGGGGGGCCCACCCAGCCUCAGGCGGCGGCGGCUGCAGCAACAGGCGGCCGCGGCCCCAGCGCUACGUGUGGCUCCUCCUGCCGCCAGCAGCAGCAGCCCGCCCCCUGGGGGUCCCGCUCCCGGGGGCCGCCCCGGCCCCCGCCUCGGGUCGGUACUUGAGCCAGCAGAUGAGCCAGGUGACCACGACGGAGAAGAGGGCGAGGAUGCUGGCGACCGAGAGGCAGAUGGGCCCCACGGGGGAGGGCGAGGCCGGGCUGCCGGGCCCCGGCUCCCCCCCGUACUGGUUGACGAAGAUGAGGCCGGUAAAGAGCAGCACCACCAUGGAGAGGAAGGAGAACACCACGCACACGCAGCCCGCGCUCAGCGCCGCCCGCUUGCAGCUCUGGCAGCUCUCGUAGCCCCCGCCCGAGGAGCGCGGGCCGGGGCGCUGCGGCCGCGGGGCUGGGCCCGCCUCGUGGGGCGCGGGGCGCGGCUGGGGGCCGGCGGCGGGGCGCGGCGCGGGCGGCAGGCUGUCCUGGGGCAGCGGGUCGCGGGCCCGCAGCUGCAGGGGGAAGGCCUCGGCCAGCUUGGUGUUGACGGGCAGGCUGUGCACGCGCUGGUCAGGCAGGGCGGUGCGGUGGCGGCACACCGGGCAGCAGAUGGUGCCGCUGGCCCCGGCUCGCCAUGGCGCGGCGCCGGGCGGGCCGGGCUGCGCGGGCGGGGGGCGCUGGGCGGCCCGCAGGUGCAGCUGGCUCAGGCACUCCUGGCAGAAGGUGUGCAGGCACUCCAGCAGCUUGGGCGCGCGCCGCUCCAGGUCGAAGUAAUUGUAGCAGAUCUUGCACUCGUAGUCCUCGUAGUUAGGGGGGUUAGCGGCCCCGGCCGCCGCCGCCUCCUCCUCCGGCCCCCCGCCAUCCACCGCCCCCCCAUCCUGCUGCUGCCGCCCGCCCGCCGUCCCUAGGCAGCCGCUGCCCUUCUCCGCCAGCUCGGCCAUAACAUCUUCUCAGCCGGGGGAGGGAGGGAGCGCCACCGAAAAAGAAAAGCUCGACCCUCCCCCACCGGCUUGUCUCUUCUCAGCCUGGGAGCUGGAGCCCGCUGCCCGGCUGCCCUUGGGGUGCAGGCACCGUCGCAUGAGAGGAUGCCGAAGGAAGAGGCGGCUGGGCCGGGGGGUUGGUCUCCCCCUUUCCCCUCCUCUUUAAUGCAUGUCUCGUAACUCUUGCAUCCUCCUCUAGCUGCGGGAUUCGAACCGCUCCUGCGUGCGCGGCCGCUCCUCCGCAGUAGCCUCCUCGCCCCCUGGGCUCCUGAGCCUCUCCCUUCUCACCCUCAGCAGCAGCCCCCCGGAGUCGCCGCUUUGCUCCUUCCCUCCCCAGGAGCAAGCGAGCGAGCCGGUGAUGUAAUGCGGGGUUCCUGCUCCGAACAGGCUCGGGCGGCAGGGAAGAGAGAGACACACACCAGCGGUUGCCUCUGCAUGAUCAGCUGUGAGCUCAUUUCUGUGUUCAAGGACGAAAGCCCACUGAUCACAAGGCCAGCUUAACCUUUUGAUUGUAAUUAGGAAGCCCAGGGCCAGGCUGGAGCCGUAAAAAGAGAAUGGGGUUUUCUCUCUUCUUGAAAAUAAUGAUCUCUUACAAAUGCCCUGCUGAUGAUGAUUCUGAAGGAGGUUUUCCUUUGUUAGAAUUGAACUGAGAUCUAAUGCAUAGACCAGCACUGAGCCCUGAUAUGGGUCUGUUUCAGAGUCAGAACAGGAAUUGACUACCAGAUUAGAGACAUAUAUUUAAACAAUUGUGCUCUCUCACUGUACUCAUUUAUGUUUUAGAAAUACAAUUAUGAGGCCAUUCCCACUGAAGUCAAUUAGAUUUUUGUUAUUGAUUUAACUGAGAGCAGAAUCAGAUCCCCUACAUAGGAUUUUCCCCCCAAAGCACAUUACUAGCCUUUCGUUUACUUCAAUCUUUUGACUUAAUAUAGGUGCCUUUACUGAGGACCCUCUAUGGCAGUCUGAUUUGUUUGUGGGUGUGGGUCUGGUUCAAGGAGAGCUUCAGCUUGGUAUGCUGCCCCCAAUUUUUUUUCCCUUCAGAUCACUGUCAGGAGAUUUGGCUCUAGACACAUUUUCUCACUCUUCACAUAAUUUUCUGCCAGGACCAAAUACGGGAUCAAAUCCUCUUUGCCAUACUCAUUUGAACGUAAUAUUAUAGACUUAAAUGGCACUACUUGUGUGAGUGAGCGGAGUGUGAUUUGGCCCAUGUUCUUAUAGAGGAAGCAGUGCUACUACUUUUUACAAGUUGUGGUUUGUAUUGAUUUUAAAAAAAUCAAAUAUUUUGCGGAGCUGUCAUGGAUAUUUACAUUUUUAAAUAUAUGUGGAUUUCAUGCAACUAAUAAGAACCAUGUAGCAAAUUUACUACAAUAAAUAUGAUCCUUUUUACCCAUAAUUUUGCCUUUUUAUAUACUUUUAUCUAUCUUUGUUGUUCCUCCAAUGUCCCUCCCAUCAGCUUUUAAAAUUCCAAAUGGUCUAUUCUUUACUAGCAAUACCCAUUUUACUAACUGCCUAGCAUUAUAUGAAGAAUUCUCAGUGGUUCUUUGAACCUCCAGUAAUCUAAAAGAAUGUUCAUGAUGGAGAAUCCUGGAUAAAUUCUCCCAAUCUUUAAUUGUCUUAAAAGAUGUUGCACUGAUUCUGUCAAAGAUAUUCCAGCGAGGAGUACAGUUUAGGAUUAGUAGGUUUGAUCUGGUUUUCUAGAAAAUUAUUCAUUAUGCUUUGAGUAAGGCUAACUAGUGCUAGUAUGAUGUUAAGUACAGUUGCAGAUACAUAUUGUGUUAAAUAAUGCUUGGUUACCAGUACACAAUGUUUGCUUUUUGGUGAGCUACAAGGAACAUACAGAGCAAUAUGAUUCACCUUCCAUAUGAAUGCUAGAAAUGCAAGAUAAUUCAUGCAUCAUGGAAUCAGGAGAUGAAAGUAGCUUUGAAGGUUUCCUUGUUCACAUUCUGCCAUUGCAUUACAGUAUGAAGUGCUUUGUCUGGUCUCAUUUAAAAUGACCCAAAAUGAUGAUGCUUUCACCACUUCCAAUAAGAUUAUAUUCCACAAUCUAACAGGUCUCACUAAACAAAAUUUUGCUGUUACCUUUGUAUAAACCUGGAGUAACUCCCCUGACUUCAAUUAUUAUAAUAUCGGCCAGGCCACGUAGUUCCUCUAGAAUGCACAAUACUGCUGGUAGUUCUAGACAUUUUAGUACCAGAAAGAUUUGGACAAAUUGGAGGGAAUUGUGGGAGAUAAAUUCAUUGUUACUUGUUCAGAGGGACUGAUUUAUCAGAGAAGAUUAAAACAAAAGGUAGAUAUUAUUUGCUAAAUAAUAAGGGCAGAUUAGAAAACUUUCUACACAUAUCUGAAUGGUGAAACCAGGAGAGAGAAACUUAUUUAAAGUAGGUGGUCAUAGCAUAAUCUGAAGUAAUGGGAUAAAAUUUAGUAGAGGAAAGAGUAGUCUGAAUAUAAGGAAUGAAGCAGUUUACACUCUACUGGUACUCAGGAUGUCUGGGCUUAUAGAUUCCAAGGCCAGAAGGGACCAUUGAGAUCAUCUUGCCUGAACUGCUGUAUAAUACAGGCCAUAGUAAUAAUUCCUU